AUGCAGAAGCGAGAAGAUUCCCCCGACUCUGAGGACAGCACAAAUAACUCAGAGCCGGGGAUGAUGAGCAACGUAGGCAAGUACCCCUGGGAGUCAGGCCAGACUAGUGUAGGCCCCAGGGGGAAAUACAGUGAAGCAAAUUCCUGGGAGUCAGGCCAGAUGGAUGCAGACCCCAGGAAUACGAAGCAGCAGGAAGCAAUGACCGUUGGCCCUGAGGAGAGCUUUGAUAACUCAGGGAGACGGACGCCGAAAGGACCGAUAGGACCUUGGGAGCCAGGGGGGAUGAACACUGGCACCAAGGUAAAGACGGUGACCUUCGCUGACUCCGAGGACAGCAAAAAUAACUCGGAGUCAAAUGCGAACCCGCAAAGGGAGGAGGACACCCAGCUAUGCGGGCCGGCCGACUGCUCAGGAACGACUACGUCAUUCGACGCCGGAUUAACCGAUCGACCAGACGCGUCCGAAACUGACCAGUAUGGGGCUACAAAUACGCCAGGGACCCUCUCGGUUAAAAGCGCACACUGCGACAACCGUCUGUUUAUUCCUAUCGCUAUCGGUAAGGUAGUAUACGACGCCCUGAUAGACUCAGGCGCGUCAGUAUCUAUCAUCGGACCCUCGAUCACAGCCCGGUACCGAGACCGACUUAUACCGCGUUUCAGUGAGGUACAAGGAGUGACCGGGGUCAUUGAGCGAACUGAAGGAGAAUUGCCACUCCAAGUGAGCUGCGAUGGGCAUACGGCCAGGUUCAACUUCAAAGCUAUGACUAACCUGACCGGACCACCCAUCAUCCUUGGACUAGAUUUCUUGACCGAAUGGGACAUGGUGUUGCUAUUCAAGGACAAGAAAUGGAGAGUACGUGGGGGGCGAUGGCACUACUUGAGGCCUCGCAAACCCCACGAUAUUGUAACCUUCUCUGCGGAAUGUGCGGGGUUGAUCGAAAUGACGACCGCCCAGGCCGCAAAGCUGAAUGAAGUAAUAGAAAGGCUGCCACCGCCUGAGACAGACGAGCUAGGACGUACACCCGUAGUAAAACAUCUGAUUGACAUAGGAGAUUCUAAACCGGUAAGACAAGGGCUGCGUAGGAUGUCACCAGCGAUGCAGAAGAUUGUCCGAGAAGAGAUUAAGAGAAUGUAUGAUUUAGGCAUUAUAAGGCCAUCCAAAAGUGCCUGGAGAAGCGCAUCUGUAAUGAUCCGCAAGCCUGACGGGACCUGGAGGUUCUGUAUUGACUACAGAGACCUGAACAAGGUGACCCGCAAGGACGCAUACCCACUGCCAAAUAUGGACUCGAUAUUAGACCGACUUAGGCAUAUUGCAUUAGAAGAAGAUAGUUGCCAAUACACAGCAUUUGCGAGCCCUGGUGAAGGGUUGUGGGAAUUUGUUGUAAUGCCCUUCGGACUAGUAAACGCACCAGCCACGUUUCAACGAUUGGCUGAUGCCCUGUUCGGACCAGACUGGGAACCAUAUGUUUUCCCGUACCUGGAUGAUAUCAUAAUAGCAACAGAGAGCUUUGACGACCAUCUACAUUUCUUAGAACUAGUUCUCAGACGACUCAAUGAUGCUGGCCUACAGAUCAACGCUAAGAAAUGUGAAUUUGGAUGCUCUCGCCUCAAUUACCUGGGACUCCUACUGGACCACGACGGCCUCUGA